CUCACCGCACACCCCGCGGGGAGUUCGGAGAGCCAGGACGGGGCGGAGUCGGGUAUAAAAGCACUGAUCGUCCACUUGGACAACGCUAUGAUUCACUGUCUGCUUCUAUUCGCACUGGUUUGCACAGUGCUCUCCACGGCAGAUGCACAAUCACCUACUUUUGACCGACAGGACCGAGAUUAUCGCCCGUUACAGUUUGGCAAACGAGAUGGCUAUCGACCUCUACAGUUCGGCAAACGAGAAUACCGACCACUACAGUUUGGCAAGAGAUCACCGUUAGCAGCCAGCGCAUACCUCGUGCCAGCUCUGUGAUUUGUUUGUCGACACGUGUGAUAACUGUUAUCUCGCCCCGCCCACUUCUAUGAUAUAAUCUGUUUAUGAUUGUGUAACGCAUUGUUUCGAGUCGCUCUAUUCCCCCGAUUGCUCCUCCCUCCCACCUCGACCCCUGACUGACACAUUAGCGACUGGAAAUAAAAU